AUGUUAGAAUCUGAAAAUAAAUUUGUUUCAGCCGGAGGUGGCAUAGGACCAGCUCUACCGCCAGGUCGAACUAGUUAUGAUCCACAAGUGGGAGGUGGUCCUGGACCCGCACUUCCACCGGGUAGAGAAUCGCCGUAUUCUGGUGGUUCGGGAGCCGCACCGUAUGGAAUGGGAGGUGGUCCUGGACUCGCACUUCCACCGGGUAGCCAAUCGCCGUACUCUGGAGGUGUUGGUCCUCAAAUUCCUGGAGAGAGACCAUUCGGAGGUUAG